AUGAUGCCUCCAGGCGGAGACGUGAGCGGCGGGGGUUAUCAGGAGGACUUGAACAACAUCCUGUGCUGCCCAGAUUGCAAAGAAGUGCCGCCCAACCUCGUGGAGGAGUUUUCCAGCGGGGACAUGGUCUGCCAGAGCUGCGGUGUCGUCGUGGGGACGCGCAUCAUCGACACCAGAUCGGAAUGGCGCACGUUUGCCAACGAUGACCACGGCGGCGACGACCCCAGCCGUGUCGGCGGACCGCAGGACGAGUUUGUGGAAGGCGAGCAGCUGGCCACUACGGUCGCCUUUUCCGAAUCCAAGGCACACAAGGCGCUCUCGCGCACGCAAAACAACGCCAACCAGGACAAGGCGCAGAAGGGCCUCAUGCAAGCGUACAAGGAGAUUGUCUCGCUCUGCGAGGCCAUCAACAUGGGGCAGAAUGUGUCCAAUGCGGCAAAGCACAUCUUCAAGCUUGUGGACAAGCACAAGUUCAUGAAGGGCAAGCCUCAGGAGGCCGUCAUUGCCGGGUGCAUCUUCAUCGCGUGUCGGCAAAACAACGUGCCGCGGACGUUUCGAGAAAUCUUCAACCUCACGAGCGUCAGCAAGAAGGAAGUCGGCCGGGUGUUUAAGCAGCUGCAGAAGUUUCUUCAGAAACUGCAGGAUACCGAGGGCGAGGGCGCGGCGGGCCUCAACACGGUGACCAACUACGAAAACACGUCUGUGGGCGCAGAAGACCUGUGCAGCCGAUACGUGUCGCAGCUCGGCUUCAAGAACCAGCAGAAGAUAUCCAAGAUAUCUCGGGACCUGGCGGAAAAGGCGAACGACAUAUCGGCGCUCGCCGGUCGCUCACCGCUGUCGGUUGCUGCGGCGUGCAUCUACAUGGCUUGCCAUCUUGUUGGCGAGCCGCGGUCGUCGCUUCCUAUUGCGAAGCAGGCCGGCGUCAGCGACGGCACAGUCAAGACGGCUUACAAGCACCUCUUUGCUGCCCGCGAACAGCUGAUCAAGAAGGAAUGGCUGGAAGAUGGAGCUAGCAUGGAUAACAUUCCACACUUGCAGGCGUGA